GCUGCAGGAAGGAGAGAGAGAGAAAGAGAGAGAGCUUACACAUGUGGCCAGGGAAGGAGGGAAGAGUCAGAAGACAGAGAGAAAAAAGAGGGAGAAGAAAGAGAGGAGGAGGGCUUAUACUCGCUGGCCAGGAAAAGACUGUCGAGAGGGAGAGGAAGGAGAGGUAAGGAAAAAAGUGGAAGAGAAUUGACACACGUUGGUAACAACUACAGAGCAAGAGAGAGAGAGAGAGCAAAGCAGGAGUCCGAGGAAGGGAAAGAGAAAGGAAGGGGGUGAGAGAGAGCGUUUAAUAGAGGAGGCGGAUCCGACUCACACUGUGGUCUGAGAGAGAGGAUUCCUGUGUAGUGAAUAGUUUUAGUUGGGACUCCAGUCCUGUGUUCUCUGACUUAUCUACCAGUCUCUGUUUCUGUCUGGACCAUAAGCUCCCAGGCUGGGGCACAGAAGCCCUAAACACAACACGACCACAACAGGAACAUUACAGGACCGCUCUGUUGGACCCAUGCACAGGAUUAUUGCAGUUCGAAGGAGAGGUCGAAACACGGUCUGAAAAUAAUCUUAUCAGAGCAGGACCGCUUUUUGAGAUAACUGUAGAAGUGAAGAGUGACCACUGUGGUUUGACCACAAUCUGAACACAAUAGGACCGUUUGACCAGGAGGGGAAAACGUGGGAACUGUGGGAACCGUGGUUUGAACAGGAACACUUUCCUUUCUAGGGAGUUGUGGGGUCUGUGGUUUGACCUGAACAGGACCGUGGGGGCUGUGGCCUGGACAGGACAGUAACGUGUGGGAGAGAAGGUGACAUCAUGAGUAUUGUUAUGAAGCCACGAUCUCGCUCCAUCAGCUCUCUACGGAACAUGGAAGGAAUCUGUUUCGAUGUGGACAACGGCACAUCGUCGGGGCGCAGCCCACUGGACCCCAUGGCCAGCCCGGGGUCUGGGCUCAUACUGCAGGGUAACUUUGUCCACAGUCAGCGGAGAGAGUCCUUCCUCUACCGCUCCGACUCAGACUAUGACCUGUCACCCAAGUCCAUGUCCAGAAACUCCUCCAUCGCCAGUGACAUUCAUGGCGACGAUAUGAUUGUAACACCAUUUGCACAGGUUCUGGCCAGUCUAAGAACUGUACGAAAUCAUUUUGCUGCAUUAAGCAAUUGUUCACAAGACAGAGCGUCCAACAAGAGAUCACCCAUGUGUAAUCCACCACCCAUCACCAAGACCACCUUCACAGAGGAGGCCUACCAGAAACUGGCCACCGAGACGUUGGAGGAGCUGGACUGGUGCCUGGACCAGCUGGAGACCCUGCAGACCAGACACUCAGUUGGCGAGAUGGCCUCCAACAAGUUCAAGAGAAUGUUGAACAGGGAGCUCAGCCACCUGUCUGAGAUGAGUCGCUCAGGGAACCAGGUGUCAGAGUUCAUCUCCAGCACCUUCCUGGACAAGCAGCACGAGGUGGAGAUGCCGACUCCCCAGACACAGAAGGAGAAGGAAGACAAGAAGAAUAGACCCAUGUCUGAGAUCAGUGGAGUGAAGAAACUGCAGCACAGCUCCAGCCUCACCAACUCUAACAUACCCCGCUUCGGAGUCAAGAGCGAGACAGAGGACGAACUGGCUAAGGAGCUGGAGGAUGUAAAUAAAUGGGGCCUUAACGUUUUCAAAGUCACUCAGUUCUCUGGGAACAGGCCCCUGACCGUCAUGAUGCACACUAUAUUCCAGGAAAGAGACUUGUUAAAAACUUUUAAAAUUCCACUCGACACUUUUAUAACCUACCUGAUGACCUUAGAAGACCAUUACCAUGGCGAUGUGGCCUACCACAACAACAUCCAUGCUGCUGAUGUCACCCAGUCCACUCACGUGCUGCUAUCCACCCCCGCUCUAGAGGCUGUGUUCACAGACCUGGAGAUCCUAGCUGCCAUAUUUGCCAGUGCUAUUCAUGACGUGGACCACCCUGGAGUCUCCAACCAGUUCCUCAUCAACACCAACUCGGAGCUGGCCCUCAUGUACAAUGACUCGUCAGUGCUGGAGAACCACCACCUGGCUGUGGGCUUCAAACUGCUUCAGGAAGAGAACUGUGACAUCUUCCAGAACCUGACCAAAAAACAACGACAAUCACUGCGCAAGAUGGUCAUCGACAUCGUCCUAGCGACUGACAUGUCCAAGCACAUGAACCUCCUGGCUGACCUGAAGACCAUGGUGGAGACCAAGAAGGUGACCAGCUCUGGAGUUCUACUCCUGGACAACUACUCUGACAGGAUCCAAGUUUUGCAGAACAUGGUGCACUGUGCAGACCUGAGUAACCCCACCAAGCCCCUGCAGCUGUACCGCCAGUGGACCGACCGCAUCAUGGAAGAGUUCUUCACACAGGGGGACAGGGAGAGGGAGAGAGGCAUGGAGAUCAGCCCUAUGUGUGACAAACACAACGCCUCUGUCCAGAAGAGCCAGGUGGGCUUUAUUGACUACAUCGUCCACCCUCUAUGGGAGACAUGGGCAGACCUGGUCCACCCUGACGCUCAGGACAUCCUGGACACUCUGGAGGACAACAGGGAGUGGUACCAGAGCACCAUCCCCCAGAGCCCUUCACCCACCCUGGACGAGCCUGAGGACGGCAGCCGUCCCCCUGGAGGGGACAAGUUCCAGUUUGAACUCACCCUGGAGGAGGACGGGGAAUCAGACACGGAGAAGGACAGUGGCAGCCAACCCGAGGAAGAGGAUGAAGAAGAGGAGAACAGUUGUAGUGACUCAAAAACACUCUGUACGCAGGACUCAGAGUCGACAGAGAUACUACUGGACGAACAGGUGGGGGAGGAGGAGGAAGAGGAAGUGGAGGGAGAGUCCUCUUCAUCACAACCUUGUGUAGUGGAGGAGGAAGAGGAGGGGGAGGAAGGGGAAGAGAAGGGCGAGGAGAAACCAGCCAAUACAUAGCAGUGUAUGCACUGCAACUAAACUUUUCUUCUUAGUAACCAGAGAUGAUUAUUUCUAGAAUAUUUUGGGGGAUUUAUGGACUAUGUCUAUUAUUUUUUUAAAUAUAUUUAUGUUUAGGGUUCCAAAGCGCACGCUGUUCACCCCUUGGCCACUCCUCCCUCCUCAUCCUUGGUCAGCUUCUCAGACACACCCAUUGGUACUUCUACAACUUUUUUGCACUCAGGAAAACUCUUUUCCAUUCCCGUUUGUACCGGAGUAGUCUGUGUGUUAUUUCACUUCAAAACCUAGUCCUAGUGUGUUGAAGUUACAUUAAGGAUUAUGAUUAGAGUUUAGAGUGUGUUUCAUGCUGUUCAUAUACAGUAUAUCUCUACUCCUUUCAGCCUUGGCUGACCAAUGGCGGUGUUUCUGUGUGUUAUUAAGUGCCCAUUCUUCAGAAGUCACUAUAGUGUCUGUUUUUCUUAGUUGUUUGUAUUUAUCAGCAAAGCAACACGCUACGUUGUUGUGUGGUCUGGAUGAAUGAAAUCCCAACAGGACACGUCACGAUGGAGAGAGGCGCUGCAGCACAUUGAGAGAAAAAUGCAUUGUGGGAAUUUAUCAAGACACUUUUCUGAAGUUGAAGUCUUCCUUGAAAACCUGACUAAAAAGGCUAAGAUCUUACAGCUCUAAUGCUCGGUUUAACCUCGAUAGAGUUUUUGUAUCGUACCAUACAUAACAUGGAGAUCUAUUGUAGAUUCUACUUUUGUUAACCAAGAAAAAAAAAGUGACUUUUGAAAACAUUUGAAAGGCACUUGAAAACUGUUGAUGAGAAAUGCCUCAUCUGCCACUGCUUUUCUGUGUGUAAAGGGUAACUUUUUAUUGUUUUGGGGGAGUAUUGGGGAGUAUUCUCAGACUUCAAGCCCUUGCCCCUACCCUCUGCGCAGUAGAUCUGAGAGGAUUGGAUAGAUAUUAGCGGAUCCAAUCCUCUCAGAUCUACAGGAGUGCCUAAAGGGUAGGUGCUAGGGCUUGAUUUGGGAUUGCACGUUUAUCAAAAAGCAUUUACACUAUUACUCCCAUACCACUGUCCCCAUGUUCGGUUGUCAUAAUCGUGCAACAAUCAUUUCAAGGAUUGUUUUCCCUGAAGAAAAACAUGACACAUGUUGACACAUACUUGACUUUACGUUGAAUGAAAUCAUUUUGUCUGACUGACCAGAAAGAAUCCUUGAAGUUCUACUUAUUGUUGCCUGCAGUAAAUAUGAGCGCAUGUCAUCUUACAAUGCAAUGCUUGUUAGAAGCAUUGGAGUGCUGCAUUGGAGUGCUGCAUUGGAGUGCUGCAUUGAAGUGCUGCAUUGAACUACUGCAUUGGACUGCUGCAUUGGACUGCUGCAUUGGACUGCUGCAUUGGACUGCUGCAUUGGACUGCUGCAUUGGACUGCUGCAUUGGAGUGCUGCAAGUGUACAGAGGUGAUGUCACCACACUCUGCUGUACUGUGGAAGUCUAUGGGGGGUUUGAUACCUAUAGCAAUGUUAUAAUAGAAUUUUGGUAAUUUGGCGGGUUGCGACACUUUUUGUGCUACGCACAUGGUGACCUUAUUUCCUAUUACUUGUCAAUCAUGUCUCCAUUUCCUGAUUGUGGUGUAGGGAGGUGGUCAAUUCGAUUUCAUAUUCGGGACGCAAUUUAUUGAAUAAUAGUUCAAUAAUAAUUAAUAAUUAAUAAACACAGAGAUUAAUCUUUCAAAUCCCUCAGAUAAAGUAAUAGCUUUGUGAGAUGUCUGAAAUAUGUAGUGACAGUCAUUAUUACAGCAACAUUUGUGAGUGCUAAUAAGAAACAAAUCAAUUCCGGUUCAAUAAUUGAAAGUUCCUCAUUGAAAAUAAAUAGCUCUUUUCAAGUCUUGAAUAGGAAUUUCAAUUAAUAUCCUGAAUUUACUGCAAAUAGAAUUGUCCACAGCCCUUACUGCAGGUCAGUAAUAUUUUCCAAUGCACUUCAUGGUUGAUGUUUUCACACAUUAGCGGUCACAGCCAUUCUGAUUCCCAUGUAAAAUAGCCUUUUGAGUGACUAAGAUAUCACUCAUAAUAUUUGGGGGGGAUAGAAAUGUUCAACAACAAACAAAUAACUACCAGGAAGUUUUAAGGCGAGGAGCUAAUAUUCAUGAGCUUGCCUUGAUUGACAGCUCUUAGAAAGGCCUCUGUCAUGAAACUUGAAUGCAGUGAGCAGUGUUGCAGUAAAAUCAUCUCAAGCAGAUUUGGUGAAACACAAGCAACUCAAACAACAUUGAAAUUGCAUCAAUGAUGUACAUAUUUUAAUCUCCCAUUCGGCAUGUCUCUUGUGAUGCGGUUCACAGCAGCACUGACAGAUGUGUUGACAUGAGAACUGCGUCAUAGUUUUGUUCGACCCUCCCCCCUUUUGUUCCAUGCUGUCUGAAGACCUAGCUAGCCACUAGCUAACACCAGACACAGAUGAAGACCUAGCUAGCCACUAGCUAACACCAGACACAGAUGAAGACCUAGCUAGCCACUAGCUAACACCAGACACAGUUGCAAGGGGAGACAUAUAAGUAUCUUUGCCAUAGAUGAAUAGUGUAGACUUUUAAUUAUAUUUGCUGAUACCCUACAGUCUAAAUUUGGCAACAGUAGAGUAGCUAUAUAAACCAAACCCCUCAGCAAACACUAUUUCUAAAAUGUUGGUAACAAGGCGGUACUUAUUUAAAUUAGGUAAGAGAAUAUCAUGUUACCGUUGGUGUGUUAAAAUUAGAGUUAGGGUGAUGUCACCCUAUCCCUUUAAUAAUCCUGAAUCCAAGUGUUUGACAUGGGGGAGGGGACCCAAACUUUUUCAAUGUAGAAGCAACAGUCAUUUUUCAUACUUCUGAUCAUUGUAUUUUGAUUUGGUUUCAUCCAAAUAUCAUCCAGUUUGAUUUAAAACAUAAUUUUGACUGUUCAUGACCCUCUGUCAUUGUCCUCACACUAACCUUGGAUUUGUUUGUUUUGACCAAGAACACAAGACAAUCAGCUCCAUGGUGCAGUGGUCUCAUAAGAAGACAAGUUGGCUAUAGAUAAUGCCUUGAUGUUUUCAUAUCUCACUACUUCACUUUUUUAAAAUUUAAACUCGCCCAAACUCACGUGCUCAUUGGGCUUGAACAAGACUCUUUACACUUCAGCCAAGAGACUUUCUUUUACACAUUUCUAUUGUUGUUGGUAUUACAAUUGAUGCUAUUAUUUAUUGAUAUAUUUUUGUAUUAGUUGUGUCUUUCUUGCCAUAUAAAGGCGGUACAGUCAAGCUCUCGCUGUAGCAUAGACCGCUGUACAGGCUUUCCAGUUACUAUACCCAAAUAGGCUUUUUUUCUCUAAAUAUGUACAUACAGUAUAAAAAAUUCAAGAAUUGUUAGAGUGCUUAUUUGAAAAGAAAUGUGUAAUUUGAAAUGUUUUAUUUCAUUCUUAUGUUCUUGUGCCAAGUUGUUUUUCUCCAUCCUCACCCGAUGACCUUACCAUAAUACCGCUUAUCUGGUUGUAUCUCUGUUUACAAACAUAUAUUUAUUGUGUUGUAUAUACUAUAAUUAUUAUUAUUCUCAUCAUGAUGCUGUUUGUUGUAAAUGAUUUACUCGUAUCAUCCCUUAUGGUGAUGGUGUGGCUGUAUUACGUACCUCUUGUUGAGAGAAUGUUUAUUACACAUGCUUAUUCAGUGUAAAAUGAUCCAUUGGUAUUGGUUAUCUGAGACGCUUGCUCAGAGCGAAGGAGGACAGGGGAAAGCCAAAUAGUUUUUUAGAGGAAGCUGUUCCUUGGCCCAUGGGCUGUGCCUUAAAUUCAACAUGCCAUGUUUUAGUGUCUCUGUUAUUUUUCUUCUCCUCGUUUGCUGCAUUAGGUAGUCUUGUGGUUUGAGCUGACCUGACCCAGACAAUGGCCUCGAGUUGUGAAAGGAAUUCAUGAAAUAAUGUUGCCUUUUUCCUUCACAGCCAAAUCAGAAAUAUUAUGUGAACAUGGAAAAAACGGCAGCACGUGCUACACAUUCUGUUGUCAAGUUUGAAAAUGGAGGUCAUGGCUGUGGAGUUCCAGGUCAACUCGGGCCAAGCUGGAUCUAUGGGGAUCUGUGGGGACGGUGGAUCCUAUAGGGUUGUGAAGCACCAAGACGUAGAGACACAUCCACGUGUUCAGUCACUGCUGCAUUUAUUUAGGCUGAAACACUCACGAUGUGCUACUCAGCCAUGCUUGGCAAGCACGUUCACUCAUACCACAUGCAAUAUCCAAAACCACUGUCAUCUUUCUGCUUAAAGAGGAGAAGGCUAGUAAUUAUGGAGUGAGGUGGGGUGGGGGUAAGGGGGGGGUGUCAUCCUAAAAACAUGUCCUUCGAUGGGGACUCUUAUUUUGACACGCAUACUGUAGAUUCUAAACAGCCCUGGACCAAUGGAAGCGGUGGGUUCUUUUCUCAUUUUGUGUUCUUAUGGGAUGAAAGAAAUACACAAACUGUAACACACAAACUGUAACUUCAAAAAGGUCUUCAGGACAAUUAUUUUUGGGUUAUGUCUUUAGAAUGCCAACUUGUCUGGAAGUUUCACAAGACAAUAUAAAGUUAUUUUAAUGGAUUCCUUGUUAAUUGCAGUCUAUUGGAUAGCACUGUAGAUCAUAAACUUUCAGUAAAAAAAAAUAAAACUGAAGAAAAAAUGUUUUUAUAUGCAACAGAUGAAAUAAAAGCAUGGGUUGAUUCUGCCUACCCGUUGGUCUGUGUCAUUAUAUAGGAACUUGUACAGUUUAUUUAGUAAAGAUAAGCCUGUCUGUGAUGAUGAUGAUUCUAACAAUCUUUAAGUGAAGUUGGCUUGGAGCAGAGAUGAUGACUGGUUAGUCAUUAUGACAGAUUCAGAAAUAUACUGAACAAAAAUAUAAAGGCAACAUGUAAAGUGUUGGUCCCAUGUUUCAUGAGCUGAAAUAAAAUAUCCCAGAAAUGUUC